AUUGACACAGAUCACUAGAGGUAGAAUGGCGUGUUAAAGAAACCCCGCAGAUACCGCAAUGAUGCUGAUGGCCGUGAUUCCCGCCACCGGAGGGCGUCCACGAGCGAUUUAAAAAGCGCACCCGCGGCGGUGGUCGCACCACAGAGCAGCAGCGGCUCGCGCUCGGGACAUGAAAGCUCAACUGAUUACAAAGUAACAAUCGCGGCGCGUCAUCAAAGUCGCGGCGGGAAACAUCAGAGCGUCGCCGCCCGCGGGGCUUUCCCGCGAAGCCGCGAGCUCACUGAAGUACAAGCAAAGAGAGAAAAGAGGAAUUAAAAGGCGCGUGGUCAUCACGAGGCACUGAUUCGCUUGUUGCCAUGCAAAUAAACGUCGUGUUCACUCGAUAGAGAGCCAGGAAUACAGCUGCUGCUGCUGCUGCUGCAGAGAGUUUCAUCUCAUCCUGUGUGUUUACUGAGACAUGAGAUAAAGACUCGGUCCAUCUGUCCAGUGAGGAUGUUUUCUUUACACAGAGAGAGAGAGCAGCCGUUCUUCAGCACAAGAGCUCAUGUGUUUCAGAUCGAUCCCGCCUCCAAACGCAACUGGAUUCCUGCCAGCAAACAUGCGGUCACCGUCUCAUUUUUUUAUGACGCUAGCAGACACGCCUAUCGCAUCAUCAGUGUGGGCGGGACCAAGGCGAUUAUAAACAGCACCGUCAGUCCCAACAUGACCUUCACUAAGACAUCACAGAAGUUCGGUCAAUGGGCCGACAGCCGAGCCAACACAGUUUAUGGACUCGGGUUUGCCACCGAACAACAGCUGCAUCAGUUUGCAGAGCGUUUUAAGGAGGUUAAAGAAGCAGCGCGUCUGGCCCGAGAGAAGUCGCAGGAUAAGAUGGAGUUGAGCAAUGCAGCGCUCAGCAUCGCAGCUCCUCAGGACCUGUCAGAUGAGUUACAGUCUCCUCCGGCGAUGUGUGUGAACGGUCCGGAGGAUAAACUCUUCAGGAGUCAGAGCGCUGAUAUCACGCUGUCCUCAGAGAAAGAGCGCAUUAAAAAGAUGCUUUCUGAAGGGUCUAUCUGUGAGAUGAAUCUAGAAGCUGAACUCUUCACGUUACAGGACAGUAAUGCUAAACUGGUGGCAGCGCUGCAUGAAGCGAACACUAAUGUAGACCAAUGGAAGAAACAACUGGCAGCGUAUCAGGAGGAGACGGACAGAUUAAGAGAUCAGGUAGCAGAACUGGAGGCUCAUGGAGUUCACGGACCCAGCGACCUGCUGAAAGAUGAACUGACUCAAUCCCUGGAGGAACUGGAGAACUUAUUAAAGGCAAAAGAUGAGGAAAUCCGUAUUCUUCAGAGUAAAAAAUCUGACUACCGUGAGCUGGAGCAGGAGAGAGAAGAGGCCAUUCACAGACUACAGGAGUUAGAGAUGCGUAACGUUGAGCUGGAACGUCGGGUACAGAACACAGAACAGAGUCUCGCCUCCGCACUGGAAGAUCGUGACCGCGCUGAGAGUGAAGUGCAGAGAGUCGUUCAGAUCCUCGAUGUCAAGAUAUUUGAUCUGAAUGACCUUCGACAGAGUCUGGUUAAGCUGAUCAGUAAAUAAAUCAUCUGAUCUGAGACCUAACCGCUGCAGAAAGCACAUCAUCUACUACAGUCUAUGAACAUUUCUGCACAAUGCUUUAUAUACCUAUAUCGCUUUCUUUUCUUUUUUUUCAUUUGAUUUGCACUGAAUUAAAGUUUUUUUUAUUUAAGUACAGCAAUAAACAUCAGUAUAGGGAGGAUGAUACAUCUGUGAAAACAAAUACUGAUGGUAUAUUUUUACACAGUGGUGUAUGAGCGUAGACAAGUUUAUUCUUGAUAUACACUACACUGUUAGUUAAAAACUCUUUUGUGUCACACUUGAUGUUUUGUAUCAGAUUUCAGCAGGCAGUGAACAAUAUUAACUUGAUACUAACAAUAUAGUAAAAAUUAUUGAUCAGUAUUAUUUUUCAGCUACUAACAUUUUAGUAAUUUUUUGCUUAAUUUUUGAAACAUGUUAGGUUUUGCCUGUUUCAGCUACAGAUACUGUUUACUGCUUAGGAAAAAGUGUUUGUUUAAUUUAUUGCCAGUUUUUGUUCUUUAGCGUCAGUAUUUUCUCUGUGUGUUUUCUAUUGGAGUGGAUGUGAUCUGCAUCACAGCUGGGUGCUUGUAAACCAAAGACCAGCUUGAAUGUGACUGUCAAACACCUUUGUGCAAUAUCGAGAACAGCUUUGACUUUAUCAGAAAUAACCAAUUAGAUAGGGGGAAAAACUCUAGUAUGUAAAGAAAUCCCUCACGCUCAUGGGGAAUAGCUUAUAGGUCUCCAUUGGGAUUGCAUUUAAACUGUAGUUGUCAUUAUAAAUUACAGCUCAGCUAAAGACAUGAUGGUUAUACUCAUCUGUGACUUUAAAGGGGUCAUAGCGUGAAAAUGUUAGCAUUGCCACUUUGUAGGUUUGAGCACAAAUGUGUCGUUUUGGGUGUGUCUUUUAAAAUGCAAAUGAGCUGAUGAAGUGCAAAAACUGAUCACAAUGAUGGUGGUUUGAUGCAAUUCAAACUCAAUUGUGUUGUGAAUUAUUUUUUCUCUGCACUAAAUGCAGUGCUGUGGUUGGAUAGUGUACAUUAAGGGGGCGGUAUUAUUCUAAUAAGACAUCAUAAGGAAAGCCACAUUUCAAUGACCUAUUUUUGCUCACACCUACAAAGUGGCAAUGCUAACAUUUUCACGCCAUGGCCCCUUUAACUGCAGUAUUAAAAGUGCUAACAGUUAUAAUCCAUCAAAGUUAGGCACAAACAAGAAAGACAUUUGUAUGUGUGCUUUUUUACGCAGUUGAUGUAGGAUAAAAUCAGGUAAUAACCACACUUUUAUAUUUAUUUGACAAUGGCGUUCUUUCAGUAUGUGUACUGCUUUAUAGUCUUAACAGUGAGCACGUGUUAUGAUUCAGAGAAAAGAAAAGCUAAAGCACAUCAUGAGAUGCCAUCAUAUCUGCUUGAAUUUCAAAGAAUAAUGCAAGUCUUGAAUUUUUUUCACAAACCCAAAUGGUCCAGAUAUAAGCUUUGACAGGCAUGUCGAUGAAACUAGAAUUAAAUCAUUUAUACUGAACAACUAAAGCAACAAGUCCAAGUAUUCAACAACAAACAUUGUCUCGGUUAACAUAAAAGACAAUCUCAGAAUAAAUGAAUAUCAAAAUCUAUUUUGUUUGUGC